AUGCCCGGCCAAUCCCAACGAGACCGACCCGAAAAACGCGACCGGGAUCGGAAUCGGGAUCGGGAUCGGGAUCGCGACCACACACGCGAGCAAGAACGCUCGCGUCGCCGAGACCGAGACCGAGAUCGGGCUCGCGAGUAUAUCCGCGGCCGCUACGAGGACGCCGACGAAGGCGCAACAUCCAGUCCGGGAAAUGCGCGCACUGCGAAGUACCGUUUCCGCGGGGAAUCAGGGUACGACUCGAACUCGCAUAAUGAGCGUGAUGAUUAUGAUGAGGAGCGGGAGUGGCGCAGAGAACGGAGGCGCAGACGGAGGGAGGAGGAUUGUGAUGAGGUAGCUGGUCUUGUUGAUGGGGAGUCUAAAGAGGGGAAGAGACGGGAGCGGGAACGGGAACGAGAGAGGGGGAGUCCAAGAGUGGAGGACUCGCCUGCUGCGUCGCCUUCUAAACGCCGGGAUCGGGAGAGAAGAGAUCGCAGGGAGGAGGGUGUGAGUGCGAGUCCUGCUCGGGAGAGACGGACGAGGGAUGUUGAUGUUGAGGCUGAGGCGCGGAGGCGGAGACGGCGUGAACGCGAAAGAGAAAGGGAACGUGAGCGCGAGCGGGAACUCGAUGCUGCUGCUGCGUCGCCGGCGAGGAAACACCACAGCACUGAGUCUUCGAGUAGUGCUGCGCACCUUUUGAGUGUGGAUGCCAUGGCACGUCUUGCUGCCGAGCUCGAGGAUGCGGGCCGCGUGGAACAGUCUCGCGGAGAAGACGAUUUGCGCCGGGAGCGUCGACGACAGCGGAAGCGAGCUGCUUUGGAUGCUGCUGGUGCGGCGCUUGGUGCUAAAGUUACGGAAGGUCGCUCACGCCAUAACGCGGGCGCGCGAGUUGUAUCUGGUGCUUAUUUGGAAGAAGGUCAUAGCUCAGAUGCUCGGGUUCGUCGUCGUGGCGGUGGUGGACCUGCUGUGGAAGAUCACUGGAAAGACGAAGAAAGCUGGGAGGGCAGCUUGGAGAGCCGUGGAGGACCACCGGCAUGGAAAUUCUGGUCUAAAUGGUCGAGAAAAAAGCGUGUCUUGGUCGGAUGUCUACUGGCAGUGCUCCUUUUACUUGCCAUCAUUAUCCCAGUUGCUAUUGUUGCGUCAAAAAAUAAAGGCUCGGAUCCUAAGCCGAGUCCUUCGGACUCUAGUGGCAGUUCCACUACCUCUAAUUUGGGCAGCAUCAGUCGCGACAGCAUACCGAGUUACGCCAAGGGCACCGUUUUGGAUCCAUUUACGUGGUAUCAGACCGAAGGGUUUAACCUCACGUUCACAAAUGCUACUGUGGGUGGUCUUUCCGUCAUGGGCAUCAACUCGACUUGGGAUGACUCUGCCCAAGUGAAUGACAAUGUACCUCCUCUUAAUCAGGCGUUCCCUUACGGUACACAGCCAAUUCGUGGAGUCAACCUAGGCGGAUGGCUGUCUAUCGAACCCUUCAUCGCUCCGUCCUUGUUCAGCAAGUGGCCAUCCAGCGCUGGUAUCAUCGACGAGUACACGUUGACUCAAAAGCUCGGAAACUCCGCAGCGGCCACAAUUGAGAAACAUUAUGCCGAAUUCAUAACAGAGUCAGAUAUAAAAGAAAUCACGGAAGCCGGACUGGAUCAUGUCCGCAUUCCCUACUCCUACUGGGCCGUGACCACCUACGAGAACGACCCAUACGUCCCUAAGAUUGCGUGGCGAUACCUCUUACGUGCAAUCGAGUGGUGUCGCAAGUAUGGGCUGCGGAUCAAACUUGACCUUCACGGACUACCCGGCAGUCAAAAUGGCUGGAACCAUAGUGGUCGGCAGGGCAGCAUCGACUGGUUGGUCGGCAUAGACGGUGCCCUCAACCGCAAGCGGUCACUUGAGAUUCACAACCAGCUUUCGCAGUUCUUUGCUCAAGACCGGUAUAAGAACGUGGUGACAAUUUACGGUCUGGUGAACGAGCCAUUGAUGCUGACUCUUCCCGUCGAAAAGGUCCUAGACUGGACCCAGGAGGCAGCAGAACUCGUCCGCAAGAAUGGUAUCACUGCUACUCUUGUCCUGCAUGAUGGAUUCCUAAAUCUCGCCAAGUGGGAUGACAUGUUUAAAACACACCCAGACAACAUGUACCUCGACACCCACCAAUACACUACCUUUAACAUCGGUGAGAUUGUGUUGAAUCACACUGCCAAGGUCAACAUUAUCUGUGAUAGCUGGCAACCCAUGAUCAAGGCGAUCAACGUAACAAGUUCUGGAUGGGGGCCAACUAUUUGCGGCGAAUGGUCACAGGCAGACACCGACUGCGCGCAGUAUGUGAACAAUGUCGGCCGAGGUACCCGAUGGGAAGGGACCUACGACACUAGUUCCACGACGGCAUAUUGCCCAACAGCGGCCGAGGGAACAUGCAGCUGUGCAGAUGCGAACCAGGACCCAUCCGAGUAUUCGACUGUCUACAAGAAAUUCCUGCAGACCUAUGCCGAGGCACAGAUGUCUGCCUUUGAAACGGCGAUGGGAUGGUUCUACUGGACCUGGCGGACGGAGUCCGCCGCGCAGUGGAGCUAUCGCACUGCAUGGAAGAAUGGAUAUAUGCCAAGCAAGGCAUAUAGUCCUUCAUUCAAAUGCGGUGAUACAGUGCCGGACUUUGCUGGUUUACCGGAGAAUGUCUGA